UUGCGCUCCGGAAGCAUUGCUUGGCGCCGGCCCGCAUGUUCUCGCUGCUAUAAGAGAGACAGCUCGGGGAUCCACGGAUAACUGAAAAAAAUUACUUUAAAACACAAUUAGCAUCGCAGACCAGCAGAGAUGAGUCUCCUCAACAAGCCCAAGUCUGAGAUGAACCCAGAGGAGCUGCAGAAGCGUGAGGAGGAGGAGUUCAACACAGGCCCGCUGUCUGUGCUCACGCAGUCCGUCAAGAACAACACGCAGGUCCUCAUCAACUGCCGCAACAACAAGAAACUGCUGGGGCGUGUCAAGGCCUUCGACAGGCACUGCAACAUGGUCCUGGAGAAUGUGAAAGAGAUGUGGACCGAGGUGCCCAAGAGCGGGAAGGGCAAGAAGAAAUCCAAGCCUGUCAACAAGGACCGCUACAUCUCAAAGAUGUUCCUGAGAGGAGACUCGGUCAUCGUGGUGCUGAGGAACCCGCUCAUCACAGGGAAAUAACACGCCACCCACCCGACACACACACACACACACACACACACACACGCACCCCCUUCCCCCUCUCGCACAGCCAGGCUUGCAGCAGCACAAACCUGCAGGGUUACAGCAAUGGAAAUCCGAUUCCUAUUGCAGAGCAGUUUUGUAUUAUUAAUUAGUCAUUUAGCAGAUGCUUUUAUCUAAGACUAGGGGUUGAACUGUGCAUCAAAACUGCUGCUGCAGAGUCACUUCCAAUAGGACCUUGGUUCUACUACCAACUUGAUUAGCUCCACUCCCAGUAAAACCAGGAGGGGAUCAAACUGUUAUGCAAUGGGAUUCUUUCUUCCAUCCCUGUGUUAGUUUCUAUCCCUGAUUCAGACUGAGCUCUCUCAUAUAACCUGCAUGCUGACUCCCAGCUGAGGGACUGUAGAGCUGAUUGGAGGAAUUCACUGUUGAAACAGCUGCUCCCGUCCGCUGCUCUCCACAGAGACUCACUUUCUCAACAGUACAAACCACCUGAUCGCCACUCACUAUUUUAAUGUGUUUGUGUUGGGGAGCAGCAGUGGGUGUUAAGGGGGUACAGCUUUGUGGAGCGCAGCAGUCCACACACACACACACACACACAUGGAAGCAGCUGUUUCAAUUGGAGUGGCAGCACAGACGACAGCAUCGCCCCUGUCCUGGGUGUGGGGAGGACGCGCAGUCUGAGAGAUCGUUUUGUGCUGCUCUACCCUUCUAGCUCCAUUUUAAAACCCCCAAUAUGGAUGUAGUUGUUUCCUGUUAGUUAACAUUAAGCGUUUUUUUUUUUAUUCUUUGGGAAUAGACCCUGUGCUCCGUUCUCCGGUUGCCAGAGCUGUGUGAGCCCUGAUUUAUUACACGUUUUGAAAUCUCUGCUUUCAGCGAGUCUGUUUCAGCUUUCCUCCUGGUCCCUAACCCUGGGGGCUGUGCGUUCACACAACACGUUCUAUAGAGCGUGUGCCAACUGCAGAAAAGGGCACUAAAUUUUAUUGAUCACAUCACAAAGCACUCAAAUCUGCAAUCAUUGGACACGACACUGCUCCAGACAGCACUCAGACCUGUGUGUGUUAAGUGUUUGAGAAACCCAGUCCUGUAUUGAAUGAGUGUCUCACCCCUUGACAGAGGCAGUGUUUGUGAGGGGAAAAUGCAGAUAUCCUACAACACAGGCUGUACUAGCAUAGGGGAUCCCAGUUAAUCCAUACUGUCUGUCUGGUUUGUGAUCAUCACAGACCCAUUGUGCACACACACACCCCCCCUCUGGUUAUUCCCAGCAAUAGAAAGGGUUCCUGGAUAGUGUCUCAAACUGCUAUGCAGCAGAAUGCCCGCGUGUCUGGGAUGAAUUCGCCUGAGUACAUUUUUUUAAGCUCAAUACCUGUGAGUGAUUGCUUGUUUUUUAUUGUUCAAUUUUGUACAACAGCAAAAUAAAAACGAAACUCUACUCAAUACCUCUAUAA